AUGAUAGGUAUUGGUGAGGGAAGAUGUGUCAGUCGUUACGCUGGCCAGUCGUGUAGAUCAUCUGCUGACUGCCGGGAUGGUCUCUGCUGCCGCAUGGAUAUCAAAGGGAGCACCUGUGAAGAUGGCUGUUACAGCCCUGACUAUGUGCCCAUGGGGAACUUUGAAGGUCGCGAGUUUUGGAGGCUUUGGCACAGGCAAAGGCGCAAUGAGCGUAGACGCAAAUUUUACCGUUGA